CGCUGUCGCUGUCACGCGAAAGGAUUGGCCGAUUUCUGUUUUGUCGGAUCAAGUAGUCUCAUUGCCACUGUGGGUGCGGGUACGGGACCUGCAGGGCCUUCACUUCCAGGUGGUCUCCAUGUGACCGGACACGUCAGUUCCGGUGAGCAGCCAGGCCCCGGUGGACUUUCCCCGGUUUUCAGCGCAGAUCAAGAUGGAGCGAAUCUCGCACUUUGGGAUGCUUUGUUGCCUCCGCAUCGAAGCUGCGUCAUU